CAACGAAGCAAUUCAACAGAAAAGAAGAGCUAUUCUCAAAUUUCUAAAGGAUGAAAUUGCAACCUUUGUUUGAUGAAUAGUGAAUAAGUGAUACAGUCAGGAGUGAAGAGGAAGAUGGAGACAGCAAGCAUGAGGAGGAAAAUAAAGACGAGAAGAUGGAGGAAGAUAAAAACUGGAAGAAAGUGGAAGAUAAAGACAGGAGGAUGGAGGAAAAUGAAGACCGCAAUCCUGAGGAGGAAGGUAAAGGAGAGAAGAUGGAGGAAGAUAAAGAUGGGAUGAUAGGGGAAGAUAAAGGCGGGAAGAUAGAGGAAGAUAAAGACAGGAAGAUAGAGGAAGCUAAAGGCGGGAAUAUGGAGGAAGCUAAAGGCGGGAAUAUGGAGGAAGAUAAAGACGGGAAUAUAGAGGAAGAUAAAGACGGGAAUAUAGAGGAAGAUAAAGACGGGAAUAUGGAGGAAGAUAAAGAUGGGAAUAUAGAGGAAGAUAAAGAUGGGAUGAUAGAGAGAGAUGAAAACGGGAAGAUAGAGGAAACUAAAAGCGGGAAUAUGGAGGAAGAUAAAGACGGGAAUAUAGAGGAAGAUAAAGACGGGAAGAUAGAGGAAGCUAAAGGCGGGAAUAUGGAGGAAGAUAAAGACGGGAAUAUAGAGGAAGAUAAAGAUGGGAUGAUAGAGGAAGAUAAAGAUGGGAUGAUAGAGGAAGCUAAAAGCGGGAAUAUGGAGGAAGAUAAAGGCGGGAAUAUGGAGGAAGAUAAAGAUGGGAUGAUAGAGAGAGAUGAAAGCAGGAAGAUAGAGGAAGCUAAAGGCGGGAAUAUGGAGGAAGCUAAAGGCGGGAAUAUGGAGGAAGAUAAAGACGGGAAUAUAGAGGAAGAUAAAGACGGGAAAAUAGACCAUCAGGAAGAGGAACAACCUCUUAAGAGAAGCAAUGUGAUAGUUGGAGAAAGAAUAGAAGUACUUGCAAAAUUAUCAGUACAAGGAAGUAAAACUAAAUAUUUAGUGAAUAAAAAUGAAUUGAUAAAACAUAUUGAGAAAGAAAAGAUGUCAAAGAAGUGUUUGGCAUCAUUUCUGGGAAAAAGAAAGUGUGUCCUUCCAGAAGACCUUCCACCUCCCAAAAAAAACUGUAGAAGUUUGGUGACAAAAUUCACCAUUCUUCCUGAUGAAGAGGCCAGAGAUGUUAGUAAGGCUUUUCUAACAUCUCUAAUGCAGCAUGUAAAUACUGAGGAUAUUUUUAAAAACCUUAGUCAGGAGGAGAGGAGAGUUACAAAAUCAAGUCUUAAGAAGAUGGCCGAUAACUUUUCAACUUAUGAUGAAGAAUCUACAUUCAGCAUCACGACUCAUACCUUCGGACCACACGCAGCUUGUGGUCUCCUAAAUUUUUUGGAAGAAGGCCUAUAA